UGGACAGUAGAGAGAAAUAUAGUGCUUAUAGGUAUGUACCUAAGUGCACACACUAAAUCAAGUACCUAUACCCCAUUAUAUGAUAAUGACAGGCUCCAUCCCCGUUCUUCUUUUGUCGAAUUAUAUCUCAAUAAUCAAGAUCAAUAAUCUCAGUCAACACUACUACGUACAUACUACUGAUAAGAACCCAACAAGAGACUAGUCCUCUACAACACACUCCCAAGGUACUAUACCAAAACAUACUACACCAAAACUUUCAAAUAGACAAUAUACAGCAGGCAGCAGACAACAGACAAAAUAACCAACUAACCCCCAAAAAGGCCCCCUCCAACCAAUUAGACCCCUCACACGCCACAACAUUGAACCAACCAACCAACCACAACCACAACAACAAACCCCUCACCAGAGAUCUCCGCAAGCAACGAAAAUCACAGUUCGCAGAACAAUCACACUAGCAGCUAGUACCCACCUAAGCCUGUCCAGUACUCAUCUCUAACUAAGCUACCUAACAAUGGCCUUCUUUCCACUUCCCGAGAGAGUUCCGCAUAGUGAGGCAACGACGAUAUAACUGGCUCAGGUUGGGUGCUCAACAAGUCAAGAAGAAGGCGAAGUUUGGGCCGUGUAGUUGUAUCUUCAGCUCGCCAUGUUGCCAGCCUUGGUGAUUUGACUGUGUGUCGUUCUUAGGGUACGUAUGUACGUAUGUAUGGAUGGAUGGAUGGAUGGAUGGAUGGAAGGGGGGUGUGGAUACCAGUAGGAUGGAGGGGGCUGGGUUGGUGUUUUGGCGUUGACGUUGGGAUAUUGGUGUGUAUGUGUGGGGUUCAGGGGGAUUCAAUGGACGGAUGAAUUAUCGGCAUUUCUGUUCGUUACCUGCAGAUGGGGGGAGUUCACGGAAAUAAUGAUUGGCGUGUUCACAUCAAGUCGUACAUUUUGGUCCCUAAGCUUUAUGGUUUAGGGAUUGUCUUCCUUGUUAGAUUGGUUUUAGGGGAGAGGUUGGCGGGUCGUGCGGUUGGGUAUGAAUCGAUAUCGAUUAUCAUUGAUUUUUAAUUUUAUAUAUUUGGGUAAGGUCACUGAUUAAGUUGAUUGAUUUGAUUUAUCGAUCGAUUAAUCGUCAGAUCCACGAGUAAGAAAAAUGAUGUCGAUGGUGCACAGGGUCAUGUUAC